AGCUAGUAUCAUGAAGGGCUAUGGUCUAGGUGCAUGGGAGGAUGGUAUACUUGGGAGGGACGAUAAUAUUGAUAUCGCUUAUGAUAUCACAAAGUUAGAAAACAACAGAGAUGUGUAUGUCUAUACAUGGCACAAUAUCUGGGAGUUGGGUGUUGGGAACAGAGCGUACAAACUUGCUAAUGCUGGAUAUAAGUCUCCAUGACAACAUAGAUUUUACAAGGAGUGGUGAGGUGCUGAAUAAAGAGACUGAGUGUGCAAAAUCUGCAGAAUGGUGUCUACCUUUGGAAAAGCCUGAAAAUAUAGUUGGUAUACAAGGUCAACUAUGGAGUGAAACUGUGCGAACAGGAGAACAGUUAGACUAUAUGAUAUUUCCAAGGAUCAUAGCCCUUGCAGAGAGGGCCUGGCACAAGGCAGAUUGGGAAUCCAGUUCAGAUAAGACCGAGAGAGAAGCUAUGAGGCGUGAUGACUGGGAGAGUUUUGCACUUACUUUGGGAUAUAAGGAGCUGAAAAGAUUAGAGGAGUUGCAGAUUAAAUACAGAGUGUCCCUGCCUGGAGCAAGAAUCGUUGAUGGUAAAUUAGAGGCAAACACAGGCUACCCAGGUGAGACAAUACAGUACAGUACAGAUGGUAGCACAUGGAAUACAUUCACAUCUUCUCCAUCUACAUCUUCUCCAUCUGGUACGAUCUACCUCAGGACUAUAAGUUCUACGGGUAGAGCGAGUAGACAGAUCCAGAUAGAAGCCACUGUGCCUCCGGUCCCAUUUUACAAGGAGGUCUGGUUUAUAUCAUCGAUUUCAAUCAUCGCUUUACUCAUUCUACUAGUUUGCCUCGUAUUCUGCCUAAAAAACGCUUCUAGAAGUGCGACUUAUAUCACACAACGAAUGCCACUCCAGGCACGUCAAAAUAUGUCCACAUUUCGGUAUUUUGUCAGUUUGUGCAAUAGAAGUGGUGCAACAACGGAAAUUCUUCGUUCUCCAAGCAAUCGUUCUUCACGGCAAUCUGGUUCAACAGCUGUUUAUAUAGAUCCAACACAUGCGAGCCGGAGAUCAGUUGCGACACGUAGUGAUGGUGACAGUCUUAUUAAUCUGGCGCAUGAUGAUAAGAUAUCGAAGCUGAUCGAUGAUGAAGAUGAUCCUACCUGUGACGGAUGUAUCUACAAUGAAUCUGGCCUUGUUGGCAGCAUGGCAAAUGUGGAUGACCUUUCCAGUUCUAAAGGGAUGCCCACUAAGGAACAAAUGUUCCCAGACACGCACUUUUAACUCCAACAGUACAAGUUUUCAGCUCCAGAAAAGCAGUAUCCAGUAGAAUGUAUCUUUCUUCACCAAGCAUUGUUCAAAUCUCAGAGUGGAAGGAUUGGGACAGUUAGCAUAUCGAUGCCUAUCCUUUAAGUCCGCUUGUUUUGAAAUAAAAGCAACAUU